ACGUGCUGGAAAUACUGCCAAACCAGUAGUUCAACUUUUCUUCUGCAAACAGCUUUUCACAAAGAGGUAAAAAUUCUCGCCAAAGAUCGGCUGGAACAAGCAGAAUUAGCAUUUUCUUUGUAAUUUCUGAAUUAGGUACACCUCCAUAUGGAUUUUCUUGCUCUCGGAAAUGCUGAAAAGAGUAAUGAAAGAGAAGUGUCUGUGGGUAAAGAGGAAGCCAUGAUUGGAGAAUCAAAAGAAAAUUCUAAGGACAAACAGCGUGCCUCUUGUACUAUUACUGGCGAGGCUGGUUCCUCUUCCUGGAUGAAGCUCAUGGCUGACUCUAAUCCAGCAACUCAGUUGGCUCUGUCUUCCGGCAGUGGUGAAGAAAGUUUUAAAUCAAAGAAUCUGCGUCGCCAGCAAUCUGGUUUUGGUUCAGUCAUACCUAUGCUUUUUGCAGGAUUACAACAGAGACAACCAGAUAUGGAAGGGUUGUUGCAGCCGCUACUAAGGGCGGCUGGAUCUGCCGUUCCAGAGAAGCAAUCUGGGGCUACUGCUCAGUUGACCAUUUUCUAUGACGGAAUGGUAAACGUAUAUGAUGAUCUUUCUGCAGAUAAGGCACAGGCCAUCAUGUUACUGGCAAGCAGUGGGAAUAAUGGUAAUUUUCGGUCACAGCCUCCACCGGAAAAAUCAGUUUCGUUAGCGAUUUACAAUCAGCCUACUCGCAAGGUCUCAGCAGAUCUUCCAAUUGCCAGGAAGCAAUCUUUGCAACGCUUUCUGGAGAAGCGCCAGGACAGGCGGCAUGCGAAAGCUCCCCAUGCAAGAGAAGAAAACGUAAAGCCAAGUCCACAUCCACAUCCCACCUCUUCCUUGCCUUCUUUACAGGCUAACUAGAGUUUUUCACUCUGAAAAUGAAAUCUUUUAAAACCUUGUACAGUCUUGUUUGUAAUAGCUGGCCUUUGUGACAAAUGUUAGUAAUCCAGAAACUCUCAGUUUUUGUGUAGCUUUGGACUGGGUCGCUCUCAGUUGUUUGGUAUUUUUAUAAAAUUUGGUUUUUAAUUCCUCGCUUAACUUUGACGCAACACUUCCCACGAUGAAAGUACAAACCAGUCAGAGGAGAUUUAUUGUUGUUAGUGCUACUUUUUAAGUUUUGAAUAAAAUUGACGACCGUUUACACAA